AUGUUAGCUACAGUGGCUACUACUUACUUAUGGUUUUGUGUUGAAAUGAUGUCUAUAAUUUCAUCUCUGAUGCUUCCAGUGGUCGAUUCUUCUGGUACCAUGAGGAAUGGUUGUUCUGUUGAUUGUCGUCACAUUAAGGGUGUACGAGUAUUAAAGAUCCAUGCUGAAGCCGGUAGAGUUGGUUUAAACGAAGGGCGGGCGGUUAAUUGUAAGAUAGGCGCAAACAAUUGGUGUUAA